UUGUCGAGAACACAUCGCCAGUUGUGCAGUCUUUUAUCGAGGCUGGUUAUAUAUUUGCGCGUCGGAAAACAGGCGAAAUGCAUCCUUACUGUAUAAAUAGAUGGCGACGUCACUGCAGAAGGGAAAUGAAAGUAGAUUUAUCGGUGUUAAUCAUAAUGACUAGUCCCUCUAUUUUCACCUUGAAACAGCUGUAGUAAACCAUUUAGCUUACCUGACAUAAUUGUACAUGUAGCUAUGGGCAUUAAUCGUUCGCACAGGUCCAAAACGGGCUAAGAUGUGACAAUUUAAUAAGGGAUAAGAUCGGUCAGUGACUGUUUAAAUACUUAAAGAUGUUGAUCGUUUAGAGAGGACUAUGUCGAAAUUUGUACCCCUCAAAAGAUCGAAGAGUGAACAGGAUAUCUACGAGUCUACCAACGUUACAUCGGAAAAAUCGUAUAAUGGCGUGCGACUACUCGUCCAACUGGCGGAAGGCGACCUUCCGGUUCUCGACUUCCUCAACGACUUUAUUCAGGAGAUCCUUGACACCGAGUUCAAAGGUCACGGCGAGUUCUACAUCCGGACCCACCAGUGCUUGAGCAAGCUCGAGCAACUGUACCGAACAAAGAGCUCGCUCUGCCCGUACUAUCUUCUAUCCUUCUUCCGGCAUAUCGUCACCUUGCUAUCCGAGACUUUAUUUCUAUCAGCGUCGAGCGACGUGUGCAGAUUCGCAAUAGAGACUACCGUCGUGACGUCACCGGGCAUUAAAGUAAAACUACGCGACCUCUGUCACAAUGUUCACGAAAUUCAGACCAGCACAGUACAACUUGAGCUUAUAAUUAUGAAACAUUUACAAAGCGCCGGAAACUCAGACUUUCAAAUCACCCAGCUGGACUCGAAGUCUAUCAUUACGCAGACAGAGAGUAUAUGGCGGCAGAUCCGCCGCUGCGAGACCCCCAUGCGAGCCGUGAUGACGGCCGUGGAAUCCAAGGCUCGGAUGGACGAGGCGUUUUUCCAGCGAGCGUCCCUGGGCAUUGGCGCCGUCUGCGCAGGUCGUUUUCUGUGGUCACUCUGGCAAGGCGGGGACCAGCAAAGCGUGAUGAACGCUGGCCUUUGGUCGCUUGGAACCAGUAUUUCCGGUGCGGUGCUACAGAUCCCGCGUGCGCGCGCAACUAAAAUCCUGGAACAGUUGCGACAGCAGAAGAAAAAGAAAAGGGAAAUGCAGGAACUUGUUAGACAUUGGUUGAUCGAAUCCGAUGAGUUUUGUGCGAAACUGGUACUCAUUUCAUCAAGUAAAACAAAAGAAUCAUAGCACAUGUACUUACUUAACUAUAUGUUUUAUGAUAUAGUUAUUUUGACUUUUAACGAAUCAAUAAAAAAGUUCAUAAUUCGUACUUCACGAUAUACUUUUUGUAUAUGAUUAUUUUAAUUGUUAUGAUUAUUUAUAGUCGUUCAAUUAUUCAGUAUGUCAGUUAUUAUUAUGAUAAUGCAAUUAUUCGAAUUAGGUCAAAUAAGGACUUAUUACUGGAUUUGGCUUUUAAAGUGACUUUUAUUGAUUAUCUAAUCAGCUUAUUAAGCAUUAAAGGCGAUGUUGAUCUAAUCGGUUUUGUACCCUGUGGAGAUUUAGGCAGCGUUGUGAAACAAGUUAAAGACGUAAUCAUGUUUAAUAAAGCAAUACUCAUUUUCCAAAAAUUCCAGUCGGAAAAUCAGGUGUACGAUCUUAACGCCCUUACAUUGUGUUUUUAGUAUUUAUUUAUAUGUUUAUUUACUUAUUUCGUACCCUUUGUUCUAUUACAUGUUUUACUACAUUUGCAUAUUUAUGAGACUAUUCUGCCUCACACAAAUCACUGCGGAUAGAUCAAACAUUUAGUCGGGCACAUGUUAACGUUUUGUUUUCUUUAUAUUGUAUUGUUAUCAUAUGCAAUUUUAAAUGCAAUGUUAAAGGGAUCUUUUCACGCUUUGGUAAAUUGACAAAAUUGAAAAAAGUUGUUUCAGAUUCGUAAGUUUUCGUUUUAGUUAUGAUAUUUGUGAGGAAACAGUAAUACUGAACAUUAACCAUGCUCUAAUAUAGCCAUUAUAUGCAUCUUUUGACGAUUUUAAAACCUAAAAAUUAUAAAGCGUUGCAACGCGAAACGAUUGAAUAAUUUGGAGAGUUCUGUUUUUGUCGUUAAAUUUUGUGAAACUACGAAGAUUGCUUAUAUAAGGUAUAAAAUACGUCAAGAAUGUAUACUCGGCGGAAUAGCUCAGUAGGCUAAAGCGUUUUUACUUCAGGACUCUGGCAGGACUCCAGGGGUCACUGGUUCGAAAUCUGCUCCGGGCAAUGUUCUUUUCCUUUUUUUAAUUUUUUUCGUGAUUUUUUACUGGAGCUUUUAUGAUCCAAUGUUUACAUUUAUCAAUAUAAAGCAUUUAAUGAAUAAGUUAAAUAAAAUGCCAAAAUCUGUGAAAAGGCCCCUUUAAAUGCAUUGUUCACUCAUUACAUUAUUGUUUAAUAAUGCAACUAUAUAACAUUUUAAAACAAAGUAUAGGUGUAUACGUAGCGAUAUUUGUAAAUGUAUACAACUAACAUUCCAUGUACAUGGAGCAUUUAAUUCAUGUAUUCUGGAGCUUGUUGUCCAGCUACUGUAAUAUGCUCAUUUUGAGGAAAACAAGUAGCAUGAUAGGCGUUUGAAAUGUCUAUAUUAAAUAUCUUAUUUCUGACGGUCGCUAUUCGCUUGUGAAUUUCAAAUUCCAGACGGUCAAGAGUUUUUCGGGUUCGUUUUUUGUUUUACACGUUUAUAUGAUAUAAAUCUCGGAUUACAAACUAUUUAUUAAUGCAUUUAGCAAGUAUAAGCUUAAAAACGCUCAUUAGAAAUAUGUGUAGUAAAUGUACAUGAAGUUUACAACAGAGUUAUCUCUAGCUGUCGCAUAAACAGGUUUUCAAAAGCAUUAUGACUGUACCGAUUUCAAUGGUAUUUUGCGAUGUGAUCGGUUGGAUGUAAAUUGGAGUCGAUUUUGUUUUAGUUCGAUGCCAAUGCUACUGGUUCAAGCACCAUGUUUUCUCCCCGCGCCCCGCCCUCUUGUCGAGAUUGUUUCAUGUUCAUUUAUGUUUAUAUGUUCGUAAAAUAUGUGUGCUGUAUAUGACGUCUUUGAUUUGUCAACUGUUGUUGCGGGAGUUAUUUUGGAAAUGUGGUUCUUUCGCAUAAUUCUUACAUGCUCAGGACGCAUUCAUUAUUCUUGUUACGAUUUGUUUUAUCGUUAUACGUAGUGUUAUCGUUAAUAAACAGCAAAAAACUGUA